AUGCUCCGACUAACCCGCCUCCCGCCCGGCCAGCGUGCCCUCCUGCCGCACCCCAAGCCCCUAACUUUCUCCACAACCACGACCCUCCAAGCCCGCCUGAUCACCUUCGUCACCGGCAAGAAACGCAGCACCUACCGGCCCGUCACCUUCCUUGGCCCCGGCGGCAACUUCUGGCCGACUAAGGUCACUCCGCGCGCGCCGUGGAGAUGGAGUCCCAGCACCAUCUCGACCCUUGCCGCCGGCAGCCUGCUCGGCGGCUCGUGGAUCAUCUGGAAGGAGGGCCGCAGCUACAAGGUGGCGGACGAGGUGGACCGGUACGAGCCGCGCGUGCUGGGCACGCACCGCGAGGGCAAGGUCAACCGCGACUACGUCAACUAUGACCAGUGGGUAGAGAGGCAUCGGCAGCAGAAACAGCAGCGGAAGCAGAAGCGGAAGUGA